CGACAAUGCCAGCCGGUUUCCAACCUGUUUCAUCAUAAGUGACAUUGUCCCUCUGCAGACACCUAGCGAACCGAAGUUACCGGCUUUUUUCAAGACAAUACGUUCAGAUAGGGGGCGUCACACUGUAAACCGACAAGUUAAUAAAAUGUGCGUGAGCUGCUGCAUUUAAUGCUGCAAUGACACGGGCAUGCCUUGGAAUAAGAUACCCGUCGACUGGAAGGACUUAAAAUAAAGAUUACUCCCGAGGCCAGCAGUCCACUCAGGAUUAAUUAACUACUUAAAACUUUGUCUCAUGAUUCACACUGAAUCAUUGUAGGGUGCAUCCAGUGCCACACAGUUGCUUUACCAGCUCCAAAAUGUACACAAUUACCAAAGGUCCGAGCAAACUUGCUACCCAGCGGAGAACUGGUCCCACGCAGCAGCUCGACAACCAGAUCACCGAAUUCAAGCACAAGCAGACGUCGUGGAAUCUGCCGGCGCUUCCUGCCCCCAAGAUAGUCUUCAACCGACCGAACGGGAAAAAGUACCAUCAGCCUGCCCAGUCGUUGCAGGUGAACAGCCAAUCAGAGGACAGCUGCUUCACACCGGCGCACGAGGAGAACGUCCAGUUCGCGCACCACGCCUGGCGGGAGGUGGCUCAGCAGCUGGAGGAAGGGCCCAGCCCGGGGCCUCGCUGGGCCCAGGGAGCCGUCCUCUACCAGGAGAGCGGCGAGACCGGCCCCCACAUGGACAACUUCGUGCCCAUCGACCUGGAUGAGUGGUGGGCUCAACGCUUCCUGGCCAACAUCGACAAGCUCUCCUGAUGGGGGGGGGGGAAGAGGUCUCUGGUGUGGGCCAGGGGCUGACGGGAGACCGAGGGCAUCGCAGAGCCACAGGAACCGCGGCGCGGUCGGCAGCGGCGGACGCUAGUGCGUAAAUGCCACGGAACAAAUCAUCACUUCACAGGAGCGCUUGCAGUCGUUUUGUAGUCUUUUUAACUUCAACUUUUUUAAACUACACGUCCACACGGCAAGAUUCUCUGCCGGGCCGCUUCCACUAAUCAACCUGUCAAGACGACAUGAUGCAGCACUAAUUCACGUGGCGACCGGGAGCCAUAGCAACGCCAUACUUGUUUAGACCGAGUUUAAUUUGUGCUUCCUGUAGUGGAACUUAACGACAGUCGAGUACAAACGCAUUCUUGGUGGGAAACAUAAGAUGAAGAGUCUCAUGAAUGAUUUAUUCACCGUACAGCUUCACCGGACUCCAACAACCUCCGACUGUAAGUUCGACGGGCACGACCGGAUCAAGAGCCUCGUUUCCAUCAGGCUCGGAGAGUCUACUCGUACAUUGGGUCAUAAUCUUUACGUCGUUGUGCACUGGGCGAGUUUAUAGUUUCCUAAGACUGAAGAUGAUCAUGUACAAAUGUUAUAUUUCAAAUAAAAAUACAAAAUGGAAACCA